AUGGAAGACGCACAGGCUGACGUCAAGAGGAGUAUCAAGGAGGCUCAGGACCAAGCUGAGGCCUUCUUUGGUGGCAAGGGACUCACAGACCCCAUCCCCACCGUCGAGGACAAGUGGAAGUUGUUGCCAGCGUUCUUGAAGGUCAAGGGUCUGGUCAAGCAGCAUAUCGAUUCGUUCAACUACUUUAUUAACGUCGACUUGGAAAACAUCAUCAAGGCUAACGAGCGUGUCAAAUCUGAUGUCGAUCCUCACUUUUACCUCAAAUAUACCGGAAUCAGAGUGGGCGCACCCGAGAGACCUGACCAGGAGGCCAUGAACCGAUCAUACACACCACACGAAUGUCGUCUUCGCGAUCUCACCUAUUCUGCUAACAUCUAUGUCGACAUUGAAUACGUCCGUGGUCGCCAGAUUGUGAGGCGCAAGGGAGUUCCCAUCGGAAGAAUGCCCAUCAUGCUCAGGAGUUCACACUGCGUUCUUACUGGCAGGAAUGAGUUGGAGUUGGCAAAGAUGAACGAGUGCCCAUUGGACCCAGGUGGAUACUUUGUUGUCAAGGGUGUUGAGAAGGUCAUUUUAGUUCAGGAGCAGAUGUCAAAGAAUCGUAUCAUUGUUGAUGUCGAUCGCAAGGGAUUCGUCCAGGCCGGAGUUACCAGUUCUACAAUGGAGCGCAAGUCCAAGACAUAUGUUGGCACCAAGCACGGCAAGAUUUAUCUCAAGCACAACUCUAUCUCGGAAGAUAUCCCUAUCGUUGUUGCUCUCAAGGCUAUGGGCAUGCAGUCGGACAAGGAGAUCACACAGCUUGUCUGCGGACAGGAUUCAAAAUACAUCGACAAGUUCUCGCCCAACCUCGAAGAGUGUUCCAGCAUGAAGAUUUUCACCCAGCAGCAGGCAUUGGACUAUAUCGGAUCAAAGAUUGACGCGCGCAAGCGCUCCUUCGGACCCGGCCUCCGCAGACCCGCCUCGGAGGAGGCACUGGAGAUUCUUGGCUCUGUUGUUUUGGCACACGUGGAGGUCUUUGACAACAACUUCAGACCCAAGUGCAUUUACGUCGCUGUUAUGACACGCCGUGUUGUGAUGGCCAUGCUUCGUGGAGAUUUGGUCGAUGACCGUGAUUAUGUCGGAAACAAGCGUCUCGAGUUGGCUGGACAGUUGCUGUCGCUGUUGUUUGAGGAUUUGUUCAAAAAGUUCAACUCGGAUUUGAAGAUGAACAUCGACAAGGUGCUUAAGAAGCCAAACAGGACGCAGGAAUUCGACGUGUACAGUCAGCUUCUUUUCCAUGGAGAUCACAUCACAUCUGGUUUUGUUCGCGCCAUUUCAUCAGGAAACUGGAGUUUGAAGCGUUUCAGGAUGGAGAGAGCUGGUGUCACACAGGUGCUGAGUCGCCUGAGUUUCAUUGCCGCCCUCGGAAUGAUGACCCGUAUCUCGUCCCAGUUCGAAAAGACGAGAAAGGUUUCCGGACCAAGAGCACUGCAGCCUUCUCAGUGGGGAAUGUUGUGUCCAUCCGAUACACCUGAAGGAGAGGCCUGCGGUCUUGUCAAGAACUUGGCCUUGAUGACACAUAUUACAGUCGACGACGAAGAAGCUCCUCUCGUGAAGCUUUCCUACAUCCUUGGAUGUGAAGAUGUGUCGUUGUUGACGGGUCCCGAGGUAUACUUGCCGGAUACUUUCCUCGUGUUCCUGAACGGUAACAUUUUGGGAAUCACUCGCCACAGCGCACAGUUUGUGUCUGCUUUCCGCCGUAUGCGCAGAGCUGGCAGGAUCUCGGAGUUCGUCAGCAUCUUUAUCAGCGACCAUCACAACUCUGUCCAUAUCUCUUGCGAUGGUGGUCGUAUUUGCAGACCUUUGAUUAUUGUCGAGAACGGCAAGCCCCGCGUCAGGACGGAACACAUUGAGCAGCUGUCUGCCGGCAAGUUGGCGUUCGACGACUUUUUGAGAAUGGGAUUGAUCGAGUAUCUGGAUGUCAACGAGGAGAGCGAUUCCAACAUUGCCCUUUACGAGCGCGAGAUUAUUCCUGAGUCGACGCACGUUGAAAUCGAACCCUUCACCAUUUUGGGAGCCGUCGCAGGAUUGAUUCCCUACCCCCAUCACAACCAGUCGCCCCGUAACACUUACCAGUGUGCUAUGGGUAAACAAGCCAUUGGAGCCAUUGCCUACAACCAGCUGAACCGUAUCGACACUCUGCUCUACCUGAUGGUCUACCCUCAGCAACCCAUGGUUAAGACCAAGACCAUCGAGAUGAUUGGCUACGACAAGCUGCCUGCCGGACAGAACGCUACCGUUGCUGUCAUGUCCAACUCUGGAUACGAUAUUGAGGAUGCCCUGGUACUUAACAAGGCUUCGCUCGAUCGCGGAUAUGGUCGUUGCCAGGUCCUCCGCAAGUACGCCACCCUUCUCCGUCAAUACCCCAACGGAAGCUACGAUCGUCUGGCGGAUCCCCCAGUCCACCCUGACGAUCCCAACACUGUGCAGGAGAAGUACGAGGUUCUGGAUAAGGACGGUAUUGCGUCGGUUGGAGAGAGGAUCAAGCCCGGCCAGGUCUACAUCAACAAGCAGAUGCCGACCAACACCAGCUCAGAUAUCGGUGUCAACUCUCGGGACCCCACCGCCAACGCCUACAAGAACGCGCCCAUGUCAUACAAGAGUGGUAUGGAGGGUUAUGUCGAUAAGGUUCUGAUGACGACGACGGAUAACGACCAGACGCUGAUCAAGGCGUUGAUUCGACAGACGCGUCGCCCCGAGUUGGGAGACAAGUUCUCGUCUCGUCACGGACAGAAAGGAGUCUGCGGUAUUAUUAUUCAACAGGAGGACAUGCCCUUCUCAGAUCUGGGAGUCUGCCCCGACGUGAUCAUGAACCCCCACGGUUUCCCAUCUCGUAUGACGGUCGGAAAGAUGAUUGAGUUGUUGGCGGGCAAGGCAGGAGUAUUGAAGGGUGAGUUGCAGUACGGUACUGCUUUCGGAGGAUCCAAGGUCGAGGACAUGAGUCGAAUCUUGAUUGAGAAUGGAUUCUCGUACUCGGGCAAGGAUUAUGUGACGAGCGGAGUGACAGGAGAGCCCUUGUCGGCGUAUAUCUAUUUCGGACCAGUCUAUUACCAGAAGCUGAAGCAUAUGGUUAUGGACAAGAUGCAUUCGCGUUCGCGUGGUCCUCGUGCUGUCUUGACCCGUCAGCCCACUGAGGGUCGUUCCAGGGACGGAGGUCUUCGUCUCGGAGAGAUGGAGCGCGAUUGUUUGAUUGGUUACGGAGCGAGUAUGUUAUUGCUGGAGAGAUUGAUGAUCUCAUCAGAUAUCUUUGAGAUUCAUGUGUGUGAGAUGUGUGGACUGUUGGGAUAUGCAGGUUGGUGCCAGCACUGCAAGAGUUCGAAGGGUAUGGCCAAGAUGCAGAUCCCCUAUGCCUGCAAGCUUCUCUUCCAGGAGUUGCAGUCCAUGAACGUCAUUCCUCGCCUGCAGCUCCAGAACGUUUUCUAA